UAUACAUAUUGAUAUAUACAUACCUUUGUUCUCACAGUGUAGUGCAAUUUCUCGUUCUCGUCGAUGCGGCGGGAACUUCGACGGAAGUGGCAGGGAGCGGAAGCAAUACCGAAAUCGAACGCGAGGUGCUGCCGCGCGAUCUACGGAUUUCGUGACGCGAGGUGGUGAUCAUCCCUCGUUGUGGGUCGCCUCGGUUAGUGUCUUCCGCGACUCGGGGGGUCGCGCCCGGGACUCGCUGCCGCAACAUGGGCUGCGAACUUAGCAAACUGGCCGCCACGAAAUCGCGCAAUCAAACCGGAAACGAUGGCUCAUCGCCGCCGCCGCCGCCGCCGGCCGCCACGGAUCCUCGACUUCCGCUCACGGCUCGGCAAAAAUUUACGGUUAUCGCCAGCUGGAAAGCGGUCUCCAGGGCAUUGGAGCCCACGGGUAUAUACAUGUUUAUAAGGUUAUUUGAAGAGAAUGCGGAAUUGCUAAAUAUGUUCACGAAGUUUCGGGAUCAAAAGACAAAGGAGCAACAAUCUACGAGUAUGGAACUGGCCGAGCACGCGAAAACGGUCAUGACCACCCUCGACGAAGGUAUCAAGAGCCUGGACGACAUGGAUGCGUUCCUGACGUACCUUCACGAGGUCGGGGCCUCUCACACGAAGAUCCCUGGAUUCAACCGACAAUAUUUCUGGAAAAUCGAAAAACCGUUUCUGGAUGCGGUGGAACGUACGCUGGAGGACCGAUACUCGGAAAAUGUGGAGAACAUCUAUAAGCUGACGAUCAAGUUCAUCAUCGAAACGCUGAUCGACGGCUUCGACAAAGCACAGAGCGACAAGGCCAAGUCCUAGUCGUCCUAGUCCCGAGGAUCCGGCACGCACGCGAUCGCCCUCGAUCUUGCGAGAUGUUGACAGCCCCCCGGGUCGGCCUGGCUUCCCGACGUUUGGAACGGGAAAAUGCCAGCCGACGAUUCUUGAGAAGACGACGAUGGGGACAAUCGUCGUUCUUGCGUUGAUUCGCGCGGCGUCAACACGUCGCUGCUACGUUUCUCCGCGAAUUCCUGAGAAACGCGAAAUGCGAGCGCGUGGCGUUUUGCGCCAUCGCCCUCACCGGCCUGAGAUCUUUUUCCCCUUCGUGCGGGUCUCGCCAUUAAACGUCUCCGGAUAUUAAGAACACGGUCUCGAGUCAGUCCUUCGGGAUCUCUUCGUAAAAACCGUGCCGCAACGCGAAGCGAAAGAGCCGCGUGGCUCUCCCACGACGGUCGAAGGAUUUCUCUCUUUUUAUCUGUUUAACUCAACUAACAAUUAAUGUUGAUUGGAUUUUCGAUGAUAGAAAAAUGAGUCCAUUUAA